GAGACAUACUGUCAAUCAUAAUUUGACUAUAACUAAAUUAAUCAAAUUGAUUUAAUAUUUUUGAAGCAAAAGUCGAAGAUCUCUGCCUCCCGUAAGCUCAUGCUAAAGAGCUUAAUGGUGGCCAAGGCGAAGGAGGAGAUUGAGCAGGAGACAGUGGAUAAAGAGGAGGAGAAGGAGAGGUAUCUGGCUGAGAGAGCCCCUCCCUUGCAGACUGGUGGCAUGUCGUUUGCUGAGCUCCAGGAGUUAUGUCAGGAGUUACAUGCUAAGGUUGAUGUGGUGGAUGAGGAGCGAUACGACAUUGAAGUCAAAGUCAUGCACAACACCAGAGAGAUCAAGGACCUGAACAUCAAGGUUCUGGACCUGAGGGGGAAGUUCAAGCGGCCCAACUUGAGGAGGGUGAGGGUCUCUGCUGAUGCCAUCCUGCGCUCCCUUCUGGGCUCCAAACACAAGGUCUCCAUGGACCUCCGGACAAACCUGAAGUCAGUUAAGAAGGAGGACACAGAGAAGGAGAAGACAGUAGAGGUCAGUGACUGGAGGAAGAAUGUGGAGGCCAUGUCUGGCAUGGAGGGCAGAAAGAAGAUGUUUGACGCAGCCAAAGGCCCCGCUCCAUAGACACAGAAGAGAAUACUAAACAUGUGGUUACCUUCGGUUUCGUGUUUCUUUCAUUUUUAUUAGUCCCGGACAUUCAAAAUGUACGAAUGGUUGUCCUUUUUAUCUCUUGUGAGUGUAUCUACUUUGUCUUUCAGUGCCACUAAUACAAUUGUUUUAUUAUUUGUUCAGCAUGGUUAAUACAACACAAGCUGUAGGCUAAUCACAAUUGUAUGUUAUUUUGUUAUGGGUGAAAAAGGGCAUGAAGACAAUUUCUGCUCCUUACUGAUAAUAUUGUCCUGAGAAUAAAUGAUAAAGUAAGGUAAGUCAGCUUUACUUUAAAGCUGAAGAUGCUUUAGAUGUUUUGCUUGCUGUACAUUCAUCGUGGCAUAUCCUUCUACUACAAUAAAAAUAUGAUCAUUUAUGCAAAUGUC